CUGCGAGAACCAUGAGAGGUCUCACCAUCAUCUAUAGACACUGGUUCUUUCCCCUGUGCAUUGCACUUCUUAUAAAUGAAGCCUUGGUGCAGUGCGUCCAUAUGGUUCAUGCUGUUGCAGGACAAACCGUGAUCUUGCCAUGUUAUACACAGGCUAUAUCGAGCGCGUAUUGGCGAUACAAUGACAGCCGGACGGUUUGUGACAUAGUCAAAGGCAAAGUGUAUUUUGAUGAGCAGCACUCGGUGUACAAGGAUAAAGUUGAUUAUUUUCCAGAAGAGUUACGAAAAGGAAAUUUCUCAAUUAAACUGUUGGACGUGAACUCGGCCCAUCAAGGAAUAUACACCUGCAACUUUCCUAACACGCUUAUUCCAGAGAUAACAUACCUCAUCGUUAAAGAAGUCCGACCAAGAGUGCAGAAAGCGGUUUUUUACAGCGGAGACACUAGGCUACAUGCCCACAUUUUCUUGCUUUUCUCUGGGGUUCUGUUGGGACUUUACUCCAUAUGACAUUCUGUCGGUUUAAGUAGCCGUAUUUUCCUUGGCUCUCAAAGAUGCAGUUAACACUGAAUGAAUUUUUUACAAUAAAUAUUUAUUCUUGUA